AAGACUUUGCUGUUUUUGCAUGGAUUUUUCGGUUGUAGUAAUUGUCACGUUAUGUUUAUGCGACAAAUCUCACCAAUUGGCUGUGUCGGGUGGUGGCGGGUUUUACGACACAUUUACGUGAUCUAACUCCCCCCCCCCACCUUUUUUAUGAAUAAAUGACGUCACGCGCAAGAGACCCACAAGUCACGGCACGACGCGGUAUGGCGUCAUGUAAUUGUGUGCGGCGUGACGUCUAUCUCCAGAACACGCCUCGCAGGUGACGUCACUAGGCGGGCGUUGCUUAUUGCCUUUUGACGUCACUCCCGGCUGGGCACGCGAGGCGGAAUUGAUAAAGGCCGGGUCUUGACAUUUGACCAGACUGGUGGAUGAGGCUCGAUGACUUCAGAACAUCAAGCAGAUCAGCCAAGUCAUGACUCGCAGACCUGGCAUCACUUGGGCUCUGCCACAGAACUGGCCAGCGCGAGAAAGAAACGAGUUUGUGUUGGUGGCCGAGACAUCGCCGUCUUCCACCACAAGGGACAGUUUUACGCCCUGGACUGGCGCUGCUACCAUGCAGGAGGACCUUUGCACCAGGGAGACAUUGAGGAGCUUCCAGAUGGUACGGCUUGCCUUAUCUGUCCUUGGCAUGGCUACCGCAUUGGGCUGGCAUCUGGCGAGGGAUUCUAUAGGCCCGCAAAUCUCACGGGCUCGGCGCCCACCAGCGGCUGGUGCUCGAAGGGCGUACGUCAGCGCAUGCACCAUGUGGAGGUGCGGCCCGACGAGAGCGUACACGUGGCUCUCUCCGACCUCAAGUCACCCCGCGAGUCUGACCGAUAUGCUUCCCGCAAACCGAAGAAAGCAACAUUCAAAUAAAGUGGAGAUAUUUUUUAAAGGA